UACUCCCAGCAACGAACUCUCGCGCUGUUCCUAAAGGCAACCGAUAGAUGGCGAUGUUUAGGCAUUACUGAAUGAACAUCAAGCGCAAUGGUGUCCGUAUCACCGUCGACAUGGCAAAGGCUCCAGAUACUUUACCAAUGGGUCCUAGAAAACGGAGACAAGAGGACAGAUGGAUGGCUAUUAGUUUAUUCUCCCCUGCCUGUCUGUGGCAUCUUCCUCUGUUACCUUGUCAUCAUCUGGCUUGGCCCCAAACUGAUGACUUACAGAGAACCAGUCAACAUCAAGGCUAUUCUGAUUAUUUACAAUUUUUCCAUGGUGUGCCUUUCCGCUUACAUGUUUUAUGAGUUCACAGCAUCAUCUUGGUUGGCAAAUUACAGCUUGCUGUGUCAGCCUGUGGACUACUCUGAAAACCCCCUUGCAAUGCGGAUGGCCAGAGUGUGCUGGUGGUUUUACUUUUCAAAAGUCAUUGAACUUACUGAUACUAUGUUCUUCAUUCUGAGGAAGAAGAACAAUCAACUGACCUUUCUGCAUGUGUAUCAUCACGGCACCAUGAUUUUCAACUGGUGGGCCGGGGUCAAGUAUGUUGCGGGAGGGCAGUCAUUCCUUAUUGGCCUCAUAAACUCUCUUGUGCAUGUGGUGAUGUAUAUGUACUAUGGCCUGGCAGCACUGGGCCCCCAGAUGCAGAAAUACUUAUGGUGGAAACGCUACCUCACUUCCCUCCAGCUGCUCCAGUUCUUUAUUGUGACCAUUCACACUGCAUUCAACCUCUAUGCUGACUGUGACUUCCCUGACUCCAUGAAUAUGGUGGUGUUCGGCUACGCCCUCAGCCUAAUCGCUUUGUUCAGUAACUUUUAUUAUCAGAGCUACCUUUCCAAGAAGACAAAGAUAAUAUGAUUGCUUGGAGAUGGAACAUACUUUGAUUGUUUGAAUAAAAAUGUAUCAUC